AUGUCCAUUGUGUUACCUUCUUUGUCUGGCGAGAAGAGCGAGACCUUUACGGCCGUUUCUAAAUUCUCUGCCCCUGUGCGUCGUCCAGUCGAGCCCCUUGGUCGUUACUUCUUAGCGCAUGCUUCCAGAACCUUGAGGGGCCACACCUGGUCUGAGUUUGAGAAGCUUGAAGCUGAAAAGAACGUCAAGCAAAUCGAAGAGAACGAAGACGAUGAUCUUGGAGAUGAACAACAGAGCGAAGAAUUGUUGGCUCACGACCCCAGAGAAUGGAAGUCGGCUGACUUAUAUGCUGUAUUGGGAUUGUCUCAUUUGAGAUGGAAAGCUACUGAAGAUCAAAUCAGAAGAGCACACAGAAAACAAGUUUUGCAACAUCAUCCAGACAAGAAGUCUGCCUCCGGAGGAUUGGACCAAGAUGGUUUUUUCAAGAUUAUUCAGAAGGCCUUUGAUGUCAUGUUGGACACUACCAAGAGACAGCAGUACGAUUCCGUAGACACCAAUGCUGAUGUGAAACCUCCAGCACUCAAAUCGAGCUACGACUUCUUUGAAGCCUGGGGACCUGUUUUCGCCAGUGAAGCCAGAUUCUCCAAGAAGCAACCUGUUCCACUUUUGGGAAGCAGUGAUGCUCCAAAGGAUGAAGUCGAUAACUUCUACUCAUUCUGGGGUAAGUUUGACUCAUGGAAGACAUUUGAAUUCAAGGACGAAGACGUUCCAGAUGACACUGCCAACAGAGAUCACAAGCGUUACAUUGAGCGUAAGAACAUCUCCAACAGAAAGAAGUUGAAGCAGGAAGACAACAAGAGAUUGAUAGACUUGGUGGAAAGAGCCUUUUCUGAAGAUCCUAGAAUCAAGCAAUUCAAAGAAGCUGCUAAGAAGGAAAAGGAAAGAAAGAAAUGGGAAAGAGAUUCUGGCUCUAGAGAAGCUGCUGAAGCUGCUGCUGCCAAGAAGGCUGCUGAAGAAGAGGCUGCUAAGAAGGCUGCUGAAGAAGCUGCCAACGCUAAGGCCAAUUCCAAGAAGGCUAAGGAAGCUGCCAAGGCUGCUAAGAAGAAGAACAAGAGAAGCAUCAGAGGAUCUGUCAAGGACGUUGACUACUUUGGUGAUGCUGCUAAGGCUGAUGUUAUUGAGGCUGACGUCGAUGCCUUGAUUGAGAGAUUCGACGAUGUCCAAUUGUCAACUUAUGCUGCUAAGGUCAAGGAUGCCAACGCCGAUGCUGUUAAGACUGCCUUCACUGAAGCAGUUGCUGAGUUGUCUGGUGCUGGAAAGAUCGACACUGCUAUCUUGAAGUACUUUGUUUAAGGUAUAGAGUCCAAAGUUAAUGCAUACGACACUAAGAGUGU